UUCUUCUUCAACUUCUCCAUGAUGAUCCUCUUAUCCUAGAGCGUGUAACAACUAGUAGCAGUGACACUCCUUUGCACGUUGCAGCCAUGUUUGGGCACUCUGAUUUUGUAAAGGAAAUCAUCAAACACAAAAGUAAUGCAGGGGAAUAUGUAAAGGAAUUAAACCAAAAUGGUUUUGGUGCAACUCACAUGGCGGCAGCAAACGGCCAUAACGAGACAGUCCUAGAGCUUUUGAAAGUCAAUAAUGAACUUGGCAAUCUCAAGGGAAAGGAUGGAAUGACUCCUCUUCAUUGUGCUUGUACCAAAUGAAGGGUUGAGACAAUUACUUACCUUCUAGCAGUUUCUUGCAUCUCUAUUUUGGAGGUAACCAUAAGAGGCGAAACUGUUCUUCAUGUAGCAGUGAAAAACAACCAGUUUCAAGCCCUUGAAACCUUGAUGGAAUGGUUAAAGAACAACAAUCAACUGGAAAUAAUAAACUUGAUGGAUGAGGAUGGAAACACCAUCCUCCACCUAGCUGCCGCUACAAGAAAUCGUCAGAUGUUAGAAUUAUUGUUGAAGUGCAACGUUACAAAUCCUGGGAUGUUGAAAACAAAUGCUAAGAACAAAAGGGGCCUAACUGUAUUUGAUCUUGUUCUAUUUUUCCCAUGUGAAACUGGCUAUGCUGACAUUGAAAUGGUCCUCCAAUACGCUGCUGCAAGUUCCCACCAAGCUGAAACUCAAGUCUCGGUCCAAUCUGAACAUCCAGUACUUGAUAAUAAUAUGUCACCAACGCCAAGAAAUUUGUCUCCAGAAGAAGUACUGGACUGGGAAGAAUACUUCAAAUUCGAAUGGGAAGGAAGUGAGCGGAAUCGAGUAAGAUCUGAUUUAUUAGUGGUAGCUGUAUUAAUGGCAUCUGCGACUUACCAGGCUGUCCUAAGUCCUCCAGGUGGAAUUAGUGAAAAAAAUGGUCUAGCAAAUUUAGCUUCUCAUGAUGCUAUAACUUUCAUUUGGUUCAUGUUAUCCAAUAGUGCAGGGUUUUUCAUUUCCUUGAUUACCAUCGGGAUACUCACCAAUAAUUAUCCUUUGUUUUGGGAGUUGUAUGUUGCUAUACUUGCGAUGGCAGUCACCUAUGACAGUGCAAUGAUAUCAAUUUCCCCACCUGGACGUAUCCGGCUGUUCUUCGUUUGCCUUUCCAUUGUAAUGCCCAUAUCCAUACCCUUUUUAAGUUAUAAAAUAAGAAAAUGGUACAAAGGGAGACUUGGACCAUUUGCAUAUAGGCUACAUCGACAACAAAAUGCCUGACAAAUAAUUGCCUCCACAACUUUUCAAUCAAGUUGCAGCUUUCACUUUGUUGUUGUAUUGAAGUACCUACAAGAUCAU